UCUCUGCUACACAGACACACUGAAAGAAAACUUUGGUGCUACAGUGCUGUGGAUACAGAGCAUUCUCAAUCCAGCUCCACGAGUUCUAAACUGCUGCUCGAACUGUUAGUCUGCUCAGACCUGCUGCAACGCAACCCACCACAGUUUCCAGCAACACUCGGGUCACUUCCAGAACCAUGGAGAGCUCCGGAAUGCUGCUCGCUGUGCUGUGUGCCAGCCUCGCCCUCGCCCUGUGCCAGGGGCAGUCAUCCCGGGAGGUGUCUGACGAGGAGUACACUGUAAAGAAAUCCCCCUCGUCCUCUGAGAAAGAACUGGUAGAAGCAAUGGAAGAACUUCUAGGAAAAUUCCAGAGCAGAUUCCCAUCCUAUGAGAAGAAAGCUGGAACCAUCCCACUGUGCGAUGUGGGAGACCGAUGUGCCGUGAAGCAGGGUCCCAGGAUUGGAAAGCUGUGUGACUGUGCCAGAGGGAGCACCUGCAACUCCUUCCUCCUCAAAUGCAUCUAAAGACCCCCCUUCACCCCGGCAGCUGUCAUCAGCCACCAGAGCUGAGGAGCAGAACUGCAGCCGAAGGGCGUCCCUUCACACUGCCGGACAGCACCAGCCACCGCCCCAUCCCAGAUAAAACACCUAGACACUGGAAUUCUGAUAAAUAUGAUAUGCGUUAGUGAUUACACCCCUUUUACAUUCCAUAAGUAUUUGAUGCUUUAUCUUUUUUAAAAUCAUUUUAGCUGUGGUCUAUUGGUGUGUUUUUGCAUCUGCAAUUGAAUGUACAUUUACCAUUUGACAAAUAAAUGUGUUGUUGAGCUCA